UCUGCGCACGUGCCGGGGCGGGGCGUCACGUGGUGGCGGCGGCGCCUCUUAAGGCGUCGCGCGGGGCGGGGGCGGGAGAGCGGCGGGGCAAUGGCGCGCGGCAGCAGGAGCGUGGGGCGGCCCGCGGCGGCACCGGCACCGGCCAGCCCUGCCCCCGCGGCCCCGGUGCCGGCGGCGCAGCCGGCGCAGCCCGGGCUGAUGGCGCAGAUGGCGAGCACGGCGGCCGGUGUGGCCGUGGGCUCCGCCGUGGGACACGUCGUGGGCAGCGCGCUCACCGGCGCCUUCAGCGGCGGCGGCUCCGAGCCGGCCAAGGCGGCUCCGGCCCAGGAGCCGCGACAGCAGCCCGUGUACCAGCAGCCGGCCUACGGUCCCUGCCACUACGAGAUGAAGCAGUUCCUGGAGUGCGCCACCAACCAGCGAGACCUGACCUUGUGCGAGGGCUUCAACGAGGCCCUGAAGCAGUGCAAGUACAGCAACGGUGUUUCUUCUCUCCUGUGAAGAAUCUGUCCCCGUGUAGGGAAGAGGAGCCUGAUGUAGAGCCCGGCUGCCCGCAGGGAGCAGAAUGGUCAGGGGAUGAGCUGGAGGGAACAGACUGACCCGAUGGGAGUCUGCUAGUGGUAAUCCACUUCUGGGCUGGUAGGGAAGGAGAGGAAUGUUUGGACCUGUGGGAGCUUGGAAUUCAGAUAGUGCUGUAUUAUAGAGAAAUAAAGGAGUCUGGAUCCAUCA